UUUUCUUUCUUGCUUCCUCUGAUAUCUGUGUUUUCAACUACAAGUCUACAACUCAAUCGAAAAAAACUACAAGUCUACAAAGGCAAGCAGGAGUCAACAAACACACAAACAGUCGCACUUUCUAGUUUGUUGGGCAGUGUUUGUAGUCUGAUACUAUCUGUAAACUUUGUGGUUGUGCAUCUGCUUCAAGGAUUAUUCCCUUUUAUUAAUUUAUCUGCUGGAUUCAGCUAUAGCACACCUAUAUGUAUAAUACUAUAUAUAUCUCUAUCACAUCUCUUGUCACCUCCAGUCCUCCUCAAGCUGUCCUAACCCCAUUUCUGCUGUAUAUUUCUGGUUUCUCAUAAUCCUUUUUCCUUUCUUUAUAACCGCUAAGUUUGUUGCAAAAAAUGGACCGAUGUCAUCGGAAGCGACCCAAAAUCACUACUUCUGAUCAGUCUGAAGAGGUUGUUAGCAGUGAAUGGGAGUUCAUUCAUAUGAGUGAACAAGAAGAAGAUCUCAUCUAUAGAAUGUAUAGACUUGUCGGAGAAAGGUGGGAUUUAAUAGCUGGUCGGGUUCCGGGUCGAACAGCAGUAGAAUUGGAGAGGUUUUGGAUAAUGAGACAUUGUGAGGUGUUUGCUGAGAAACGAAGGAAGCAUAAGAAAGAAAACUCAAAAAUUGUUCCGCGUAGAACUUUCAAUGGAUUUGUUCUUAGCAACUGUUUCGUAAAAAGCUUGUAAAAUUAAAUGGCAAAGGUAAUGUUCAUGAUCAUUGUGGUGUACCAA